GCUCGCCGAAGAGCCUGUAAGCUAUGAUGCUUAUGUUGAAGUCGUGGAACUUUUCGCGCAGGAGCACCGGAUUUCCCUGCUCGUUGCGGAUGGAUCGAGCGAGGCGGCCCGGCGAAUCCCAUCGCAGAUCCUCAGCCGCGCCGGCGAUAGCAAGAACUGAAGAUUAUGCCGCUGGAAUCGUUGCCAAAGUACUUGCUACAGAUCAGCGAAGGUUUCGACGAACACUGGAGGCUGUGGAGCUUGAAUAUCUCGCUGGCUGCUCGCGCGGAGCUGAUGAUCACGGCGGAGACCCUGCCGAGCUUCGGGUGCAUGACGUCGCCGUGCUUGCGAGAGAGCUUUUGAAGGGAGAUGUGAGGGAGCGAGCCGAGCCUGUGGAGGCUGCCAAUGACGGGGAGAUUGAAGGGGCCGGGAGGGAGACGAUCUCCAUCGCGUCUUCUUCCUCUUCUAGAGCCAGCGAAGUACAAGAGGGGCAUCAAAGCGACCAGCAUCAAGGCACACAAAGUUGCAAGAUCCAUAGCUUGGAAGAACACAAAUUUUUGGUGAAUCUGGAAGAACACACUCUAGCUUAAACUGUCCAGAGUGAUAGAUUUCUCA